AUGCACAACACCAUCCUGGGGCUCAUGAUUCAGCUGACCCCAGUCUCUGUUGUUGUUGGUCGUACGAAGGAAUAUGCGGAGAUACAAGAAGAGCAGCUUCUACAAGCGAACUUUGAGAAGGUCAAUUCGUACGUCACGAUGUCAUGCCCCAAACCGUCCGCAGCUGGAAACUUACAUCAGGUUUCAAGAUACAAAAAUUUCAGAUGUGGCAUUCACGACAAGUUUUACGAGCUGAACCUCUACCAAAAAUCUCCUAUCAACUCUCACCAUUGGCGAGCCACCCUCGCCAGACCCUCGAGGGACAUCGACCUCCAUCUGAGAUUUCCAAAAGAGCAGCCGGUCGUCAGUCCUUCUACGGGGGGCUUUCCACGUCCAACUUUGCCACCACCCGCAACAUUCAGGUUGGGCCAAGUUGUUGCAGAGUCUUCGUCAUGUGCAAGGGGGUCUUCGGGUGGAGGCGAUGGACAACCUGGCUCAGGUGUAUCUUCACCUACAAAGACCGACGAUUCACCAAUGAAUCAGAUCCUUGCUGCCCUUCAUUCGCGUCAGCGAAAGCCUGGCGGCAAAGGCAAAGUCAUUGGAGUCCUCGCUUUCGACACGCUUCAGACAACAAUUCUAUCCGUAGACAUAGAUGUCCGUGUAGACUUGGACGAGUUGUGGAGAGAAUGUCUUGUAGGGCCUGAAAUAUUAGGAUUUCUCCUUGAUUGCAAUACGGCUGACAACCCAGUGUCUGGUGAUCAAAAAAACGGGCUGCAGGACGUGGCUAUGGCAGCUCUUGACGAAGUCUCUCAGAGAGGGUUCAGCAUGCCAACCGGUCGAGACUGUCUGGUCGAGGUUCUUUAUGUAAUGCUUCAAAGGAAGAGUGAUGUUGAGUCUUACAGACAACUAAUCCUUCAGGGUCUGGAAGUUGCUGAUGGCUCAGGGCCGGAGAGUGCGAGAGGCGAUCUGGAAAGCGACGACAAAGCACAUUGGUGGAGCUAUGACAGCGAUGAAGAUCGUUACGACUAUGACGGCUCUGAGCAUGACUCCGUCAAAGACUUCACGGCGUGUGACAAGGAGUGUGGAUACUGCGGUCAUUGCGAUUAUAAGUUAGUACAACUGGGGUUUCUGUAA